AUGGGGUCUUGGUCGAAAAUUUUGGGAUUCCUUCGAGGCGGCCAGGAAUCUAAACGGCCAAGACUAUUGGAAAUUAGAUCGGCCAGAUGGUUUAUCCUGUUCACGGUGUCUUUUGCUGUAUGCACGGAUAUAUUUAUGUAUGGAAUAAUCGUGCCCGUGACCCCAACAGCCUUGCAGCAAAGGGCCAACAUUUCACCAGAUAAUGUUCAAACAUGGACGUCAGUAUUACUCGCUCUAUAUUCAGCGGCUUUGUUAGGGUUCUCUCCGGUCAUUGGCUAUUUAGCUGACCGUGCUGGUUCACGUCGUUGGCCAUUACUUCUUGGCCUGGUACUCUUGGCAGGCGCAACAGCCUUGCUUUGCGUCGGUACCAACAUCGCUCUUUGGAUCUUGGGUCGCUUGCUUCAAGGCGCCGCAGCCGCUGUAGUAUGGACUGUCGGGAUUGCGCUCCUGGUAGAUACCGUCGGCAAAGAGGGGCUAGGCCAAGCCAUUGGCGUUGUCUCCAUGUCCUUGAGUAUUGGCACAGUUGCAGGGCCCCUUCUUGGCGGUGUGCUCUAUCAACACGGUGGAUACUACUCUGUCUUUGGGCUCGCAUUCGGCUUGAUCGUCAUUGACAUAUUUCUACGACUGAUUCUGAUUGAGCAGAAGCUUGCUGCCCGGUGGCUAACACCUGGAUCAAGCCUGCAACCGACCCUGCAAUCCGACCCGGAAAAGAACUCAGUGGGCGAGCCGUCUGGUUCUCCGUCGACUGCGCAGACCAACUCACCUGACGACGAUGAGAUCAAAUCAACUCGAAGCCGGAACCCACUAUCUCAGACAAAGACCCUGUUAAGCUCCCCGCGCCUGGUUUGCGCUCUUUGGGGAUACUUUAUUGUUUCCCUGGUUCUGACCUCCUUUGAUAGCGUUCUCCCGCUCUUUGUCGAGGAGACUUUUGGGUGGCAACAGACAGCUCAGGGGCUCAUUUUUUUGCCUCUUAUGAUCCCCAACGUGACUGACCCAAUCACCGGGUACAUCAUCGAUCGAUAUCCGGCCUCGCCGCGAUAUCUCGCCACCGGAGCGUUCAUUUGCGCCGUCCCAAUCGCUGUUCUGCUCCGACUAGUGACGAGCAAUACAAUACACGACAAGAUCGUGCUCUGCGCUUUACUUGCCUUGCUUGGCUUGUGUCUGGCGGUUUCAAUGCCGCCACUAGUCACCGAGGUAUUCCACGCCGUGAAGGAGAAAGAGGAUGAAUCUCCAACCAGCUUUGGGCGCGGAGGCGCCACUGCCCUAGCGUUCGGUCUUUCCAACAUGGGAUUUGCGGCCGGUAGCCUCAUCGGGCCUUUCUUUGCUGGCUUCAUUCGGCAGAGCGCCGGCUGGGGGGCCAUGGGUUGGGCCAUGGGGAUCAUCACUGGUGUAUCUGCCAUUCCACUCUUUCUGUUCAUCGGCGGUUGGAUUGGGAAGAAGCGAGCAGGUUUACCGGAUGAAAAUAUUCCAGCGACUUUGGAGCAUUAA